GGCUGGGGAGCCAGAGUGUACAAACACCCCAUAAAUGCAACCAUGUCCGAAGAACAUCCUCAUCCGUUGCUGGCGCAGCUUCCGUUAACCGUUUCACCAUUCGUGUCGUUGCCGACCGCAACGCCUCUGCCUUACUCGUACAAGCAGCUGCCAGCCACACUGCCUCCCUCCGUGACUGACGUCGCAAGUCCUCAGCAGCACAAUGCAUCCUCAAAUUCGGAUGAGCAGACCCAGACGCAGCAACCGGCAUACGUGAUAUCGCAGAACACAGGGCACUCGGCACACCCUGACCAGAUCAUCGCGAGUUGCCAGGCGCUCCAAGCGCAUCUCCAAAAGCUGCAGGACGACGCCGUGGCCACCAUACAGAAAUGGCAAAACGGUAUCAAGGAGAGAGAAUUGAUGGAGAAACGAAGGGUGGCCCCUGGCUGGCUGGACGCUGAGCAGAGGAUGCUCGUUCCCGAGAGGGUAGGUCGGCCUCAACCGUCUGCGUCGCAAGACUCUCAGGCCGAUUCCAAGUCCCCCGGGAACGCCGACGGCCAGAAGCCGCGUGAUGAGGGAGAGGAGCUUGACAGAGCCUUUGGCGGGCUUGGUCUGAAGUGAGAACACCCCUCCGAGGGUUGCGGGGACCAUAAACGGUUACCUUGGCUCGGCGUAGAAUCCUUUGCAGCAGCCCACUCUUCUCUAGUAUGGCAAUGCAGCCUCAUCAGCGGGAUGAUUCCAUGUCUUCGAAUGCACUGCCUUGGGCUCUCCUGCUACCCGCGCCAUCAACACGACAAUCUAGAUGUGGAGGCGCGCGCGUGUGUUUUGGACACUAUCGGUCCAUCUGCGGCUGCGGAUCCCGCUAAACACUACCGCUCCUCAUCCAAAAGCGUCACCUAUCCAGACAUGUCGGAGUGAAUCAUCUUGUUAAGAAUCUGCGUGUCGCGAUCUUCUCAUGGCACGGCUUGUCUUGCUACGGAUGGGUUCAAAGUGUUCACACGAUUAUGCUUGAAUAUACGUAGUAUCUAUCUUGUAGUUUCAUGAUGCACUGCGUGUCUCACGAGAGCAUCUUUGUUGCAAGAACAUGUUAAGGUUCCUUAUGUAUAUGAGAGCAGCUCCUUCAGUUGAAUCUGCCCCUUUGCCC